AUGAAUCAGAGGCUUGUUGCUCUACUGAAGUACUAUGAUCCUACUCGUGUGGGAUUUGAGGACCAAGCUGACAGCCUGGAAGCCCUUGCAGAAGAGCUGUACCAAUACCGGUUGGUAGACACCAUGGCCAAGAAUGGGUCCUUCUGCGACUGGCGGUUGGUCUCCGCUGGAUACUUUGACUAUUUCGUUACUAUCUAA